GCACAUGCGCACAGCACCUCCACGAGCUCGACCGGCAGAGAAGGCGUGCUGUUUUAACUCUCAAAGGACGGAGGCGCGCGGAAGAACAGCGCGCAUGCGUUGAAAACCCUCAAGCCUAUCGUGCGCCUGCGUCGAGGCCGCCGUCUUUAAAUUGUCUUCUAGAAAGGGCGGGGCGACGCAUUAGCGCCGCAGGUGACGUCACCGAGCUGGGCUUCCUACCGGACCUGACGUCACCGGCUUGCGGCUCCUUAUUAACGGAACCGGAAGUGAAAAGAAGAAGUUGAAAGUGACAGCUGGGAAGAGAAGCCGCUGAAAGACCGGCCGGAUUCUGGCGUGAUAAGAGGUGAAGAGGGGCCUCUUAAGACCAGCAAUACAAGAAGCUGAAAACUUUCAAGAAGUGUGUAAAUCCUCCACUGGGUGACUUAUGCUGAGGAGUUGCAGUCGGUUGGUCAAGAGGCCAAUUCACUGGACGGUCCCUCCAUGUGGCUCCCGGGCGGCACCCUCUGUUGGAGUCCUGAAGCCAUUUUCAGGCUCCCCAUUUUGGGGCACCACAGUCCGGUGGUGUCAAUCUGGACUGGCAAAGAAUCAUUGUUCCCUCCCAGAUUCUGAGCCCCCAAAGGAUUAUGCUCUUCCCAACUCUAGCUGGAGCCCAGAAAUGGUGGACGAAUUCAACAAAUUCACCAAGCUGGAGAAAGAUGGAACAUGGAGAAAGUUGCCAUCUUAUAGAAACGUUAUAGAAGUGGUUCCAGAAAAACUAAAGCAAGUUCCCCACAUGCUGAAGGAUAGAGGCACCCGUUUAUUUCUCCGGAACAUUGAUGAAGAAGGCAUGGGCUUUGAGUACGCCAUGUUCCUGAACCCAUCAGAGAAAAGGCUGGUGUCUAUGGUCCAGUUUGGUCCAUAUCUCGAAGGACCACCAGGGUGUGCCCAUGGCGGAUCCAUUGCCACCAUUCUGGAUAGCGUCCUCGGUGUGUUGGCCCUCUGUGUCGUCGGCAGGGUGAUGACUGCCAACCUCAACAUAAACUAUAAAAGCCCCGUCCCUCUGGGCCCUGCCGUCCUGGUGGAAAGCAAGCUGGACCGGACGGAGGGCCGGAAAGUGUUCGUGACGGGCGAGAUAAGGAGUCAUGACGGGCAGACCCUCCACGCCGAGGCUGAAGGUUUGUUCAUCUUGUGGGAAAAUCUGCCUUUGAACAACAAGCCGAAGUAAUCCAUCUGCGUUUACCAGAAGAAGCCAGCUUGUUGGGAUUCCCAGUCUGUCCCAGUGCUGCUGCUGGAAACCACAAAGGGCUCUCUCCUGCUCCUGAAACCUUUUGAAUCCUGGUGGCACUUAUCUUCCCAGCCAGUAUCUAGUCAACCCGGGACAGCUUUUGCGACGAGUUUUGAUCUCACCUGUCACCUUGGCAGGCCACAGUAUUUUGUUCCGGGAGAUGCGGCGCCACCGCAUUAUGCUUCCGGGAGAUGUUCUUUCCCCAGGCUCAGCCGAUUUGUUUUAUAUUUUUUUAUUUCUUUGUUUUGUAUUGAAAUAAGAAUUCAUGACAGGAGUUGGCUGGAUUAACAAGUCCUCUUUUCCCUAAACAUAGUAUUAACUAGAGGGGUGCAGAUUCGACUACAAUUCCCAGCUGGCCAAUCAUGGGGAUUUUGGUCUCUAACAGCAGGAGUUGUUAGGUCAGGAACAUGAGCCACGUUUAAAAUGAAAAUCAAAAGAAGACUGAAACGAAGGUAGCCGCGAGAUCAAGAAGUUGUAUUAAUCCGAUCACAACCAGAACAAAAAAGGGGUACGGAAAUUUUAACCCUAAACUGCAAAGCAGUUUAAUCCACAGGAGGAAGACGGAGAAGUCAAAGAGAGGCAAUGAAACGGGGACUAACCAUUGGACAGCUCUCUCUUCAAGAAGUGCAGAGGGCAAAUUACCAGUAAUUAACUUGGCUGGGGGACGGGGGAAGUGCAGUUUAAAGAUAGAAAGAGAACUGGAAGGUGCGUCAUGAAACACCCCUGUCUGGGCUGUUGUGGAAGAUGGCCAGGAAAGGACCCAUGUUGAAUUAUUUAUUUCCUUUAUUUUUAUUUAGAUGCACUAUUUUUCCCACAGGGGAUGCAAGGGGGCUCACCAUCAGUGAGACAGAAAAGACAUUUCAGCGCAGAGUGACAAAUAUUGAGAGCAAUAAAACAAAUAAUACAAAAGCC